AAACAGGAUUCAUCAACGAGAGUUUCAGGCGAUCUUGAAGUUGAAGAGAUAUUUUGAAGUCAUGAAUCUUAUUUUUUGUCUUGUUUUACUAAUAUUGGCAAUAUCAUCCGAAGAAAAGCCUGUGCAAUUCAAUGGCUAUCCUGAAGAAAACAGAAAUGUGAAAAGCCCAUUCUCACGAAAACUGUUUCAAGGUGACAUACUAAUCGACCCGCGUGUUGUUUCAAAUGCAGCGGGGAGGAAACGCGGCCUCACGAAGACUGGCAUCUGGCCCAACGGCAUUAUUCCAUACACCAUCGACACCUCUUUCUCACAAGCUCACAAAAACAUGAUCCUAAGUGCGAUGCAAGAUUGGGAAAAUGGAACCUGUUUGUCAUUUGUACCAUUUACUAAUGAAAAUGUUUACGUGAAAAUAGCUGGAAUGACAGGAUUUGGAUGCUCUGCAUUUGUUGGUUACAAAGAUGUCAGUUUAUUUCCUCCUGAAUAUAUUCCAUUUGGCUUGCCUAUGUCUCUUGAACCCGAUGUAUGCAUGUCACAGCGAGUCGUUCGCCACGAACUUGGUCAUGUAAUAGGAUUUUGGCAUGAACACUCGAGACCAGACAGGGAUAAUUACGUAAACAUAAUUCCAGAAAACAUUUUGCCAGGCCGCUACCCUGAUUUCGCCAAGCAGCCAUCGGCUAUGAUUGACUCACUUGGGAGUCCAUAUGACUUGAAGAGUAUAAUGCAUUAUGGUCCCAAGACGUUUAGUAGCAACGGCGAUGAUACUAUUGAAGCGAUUGAUCCAAAUGAAACUUUGCAAGAUAACGAAGAGAUCAGUUUUCUUGACAAACAACAAGUCAACCAAUUAUACAACUGUCCUUAAUCCCUCAUCCGUACUUGGCGAGGAGUUUUUAAUUGUAUUGGAUACGAUUUAAAUAGAGUUGUGAUUGAUGUAUAAUUAUAUACAUUAAUAAUUAUACUAAAAUAUACA